AUGGAGCAAGCAAAACAAAUCGAUGACACGAUUCCGCUGCCGGGAUCGAAACGGACGAUUUUCGAAUUCGGACCAUUUGAUCAUUCCGAGAUUCCACUGGAGAAAGAAGAGAUACCUGUUGUUAUCAUUGGAAGCAGUAUGGUGGCANUUCACUCAAUAUCUUUUGAUCGUCAUCCCUCUACGGCAAUUCAUCCUCGGGCAGCUUUGUUUCUGCUCCGUACGGUCGAAGUGCUACGUCAACUUGGACUUGAAGACUUGUUCGUGGCAGAGAGCGAAAAGAACUUUGACCUAGACGCUGGAAUGCUUGUUGUGGAGAAACUUUACCAGGGCAAGAUCAUUGCGGCUCAUCAGGAAAGCGACCCUACUGAAGUCGCCAAAUUGACACCAUGCAAACGUCUCUGGCUUACACAAGAUAUGUUUGAGCCACUCCUUCGUCGAAAUGCUGCCAAAUAUGAUGCGGAGCAAAGAUUUGGCCAGGUGGUGAUGCACUACGAGGAACGUGCAGAUGGAGUCAUCGUUGUCGUCCGAGACGUGGAGACUGGCGCGUUGAAGAAAUACAAGACCGAAUAUCUCAUCGCUGCUGACGGAAAUAGGAGCGCCACAAGACAGCGUGAAGGUAUUGAAUGGCAUGGCCCAGGCCAUCUUGCCAACAGCAUCUCCAUCAACUUCAAAGCAAACCUGGUUCCUUACCUGGGCACCAGAGCAGUCCAUGGCGUGACAUACAUCAUGAACGCCCAAUUUACGGGAGGAUUCCGACUCGAUGCCGGCGGCAAAGGUGGUUUCUUGAUAGUCUCCAAAGCCAAAGAUAGGGAAACCGGAUUCAAGCCCGACUCGGUGUCCGCUAAGGAAGCACGCCAAUUCUUUGAAGCUUGUUCCGGAAUCGACGCUGAUGAGUGCGGAUUCGAGGUCGACUUCAUUUCUUAUUGGACAGUCGCUGCUUACAACGCAGAAAAGUACACCAGUGAGGCUGGGAGAGUUUUUCUCAUGGGUGAUGCAGCACACACAAUGCCACCUGCUGGUGGUAUGGGCGGCAAUACGGGCGUUGCAGUGAGUCAUGGAACAAAACAUGCAGGUGCCAAGCUGACGAUGUCUAGGNAUGCCUACAACCUAGCAUGGAAAAUGGCGUACGUCUUGACUGGUAAAGCGUCUAAAGGCUUGCUCGAUACCUACGACUCAGAGCGCCAGCCGGCCGGCGACUUCAGCAUGCACCAGGCAUUCUCUCGACUUGUCAAUAGAGUGUUCCGCGACAGGAAACCGGAAUGUGUGAAGGAGCUGCCCGAUCUUGUUUGCGAGUUGGGAUACCGAUAUGGCCAGGAAGAGAAGGGCGUGGAGAACAGUUACGAGGAUCCACACGAGCCCUCGGUGGUUGCAGGUUGCAGGCUCCCUCAUAUAUGGCUGACCGGCGAAAAUGGCAAAAGACUGUCGAGCCUGGAUCUUGUCAAGAGAAACUUUGUGUUGUUUACGGUAGAGGCCGGGUCAGCAUGGAUCGAGGCUGCUGGACAGCAAGCAGUACCGGUGGAUGCGUAUGCCGUCAACGCAUCGUCGGGCCCUUAUCGCGAGAGCGAGAAGUCAGCCAAAGAGGCCUGGAAGCUGCAAGAAGAUGAGGCUUUGCUGGUCCGACCCGAUGGUAUCAUUGCGUGGAGAGCAGUUGGGGUAGCGAGUGGACAUGUUGGCGAACUUGGUCGAGCGUUGAACCUUUGCUGA